AUGCAUGGGACUUUAGAUAAAGUAAAUAAGAUUGUUGAUAAUUCAGUAAUUAAAACAAGAGAGGAUAUAUUAAAAGAAAACUUAAAGUUAGAAGACCUUUGUGGAUACUCAUCUCUUGAUGAAUUCGCAGACGAUGCAUGGGAAUUUAAACUCAAACAGUUUGAUAUAAGCUGUCGAGAUGCAAAUCAUCAAAUGGAAAUGCACCCAAAGGCAAUCUAUACAA